UUUCCCCAAGAAAUUAUCUAAUUCCAUUCUCCUCUAUAUAUAAUCCAUUCCAUCUCUAUUGCCUAAAGAAACUCAAUUCUAUAAUCAUCUUUUUCUUCAUCAAAUAAUGGCCAUUAGUACUUCUGAUCAUCAUGAUCAUCAUCACGCAGUUUCCAAACCAUUAUCCAAAUGGUUUGCAAACAAGACUCUUAAACUAAGUUUCCACCGUCGCCGAUCAAAAUCAAGCUCUUCCUGUUCAAGCUCUCCAAGCUCUCCCAUUUCUCCUUUACGCACCCCAAGAACUAGCCCUACUACGACUAUUGCGAUAAUCGGCACAAACAAAGAGGACGAGCUGAGGCAAGUCUUCCGCCGUUUCGACCAAAACGACGACGGCAAGAUAUCGGCUUUUGAGCUGCGGGCGUACUUCGGGUCCGUCGGGGAAUACAUGUCCCACGAGCAGGCAAAGGGGGUGAUCAACGACUUCGACUCCGACGGCGACGAUUUGAUUGACUUCCAAGACUUCCUAAAGCUGAUGAAGAGAGAUGAUCAUGAUCAUCAAGAUCUAAAGAAUGCCUUUGAGAUGUUUGAGUUGGAGAAGGGUUGCAUCACCCCUAGAAGCUUGCAAAGGAUGUUGGGUAAGCUUGGGGAUGCCAAAUCAUAUGACGAGUGUGUGGCCAUGAUUCAGGUGUUUGAUACGGAUGGCAACGGUGUGCUUGAUUUUAAUGAGUUUCACCAAAUGAUGACUUAACAUAUACAUAUUCAUAUAUUUAUAUAUAUAUAUAUGUGUGUGUGUGUGUGUGUGUUGUCAAUUACAUCUUGUGAUUAGUUUGAGGACGAGCUUAUAAUCAAAAGAACCCUCAAAUGAUCAAGAAAGUUACCACAUAUAUAUAUAUAUAUAUAUAUAUGUAUAAAUAUGCGUAAAAAAUUGUUUAUUAGCAUAUACUAUGUACACAAUUUUCUGGUGGUGAAUUUUGAGAUGAAGCAAUUGUAUUUUCGGUUCGGUUUGGUUUGUACAUAUAUGUAAAUGGUCCUUGUAAGCCUUGUCCUUUCCCUUUGCACUCAGGUUAA